AUGAAGAUUAUUGGGCAUUAUCACUUAAAAUUUUUGGACCAUUUGGCGGAUGUUACUCAACCUCUAAGAGAGAUGUUGAAGAAAAAUUAUGAAUUCAAGUGGACGGCGGUUCACGACCAAGCAUUUAAGAAAAUAAAAGAAAUGCUGACAGAAGCACCUACUUCGAAAUUUUAUGAUCCUGCAAGGAAAAUCCGUAUUUCAGCCGACUUGUCAAGCUACGGGCUGGGAGCAAUGCUAGAACAAAAGCACGAAGAUAGGUGGCAUCUAAUUACAUCUGGCAUAGGAGCAGAAAUAACCUUAUUAACUGAUCACAAGCCGUUAGUAGUUUUAUUGGGAAACAAACUUUUGUGCGAGCUAUCAGCACAUUUACAACGUUUCCGUAUGAGACUCAUGCGAUUUAAAUAUGAAAUCAAACACGUUUCGGGACAAGAAUUAUUUUUAGCAGAUACAUUAUCGUGCGCUCCUCAGAAACAUGGUCUCGAUGAUUCGGAUAUAUUAUUAAAUGAAAACAUGCAAUUAUAUGUGCAAGCGGUAGAAGUCGCGACACUAAUUGGAGACGCACUUCUGCAGGAGGUCGCAGAGACACAGCAAAACGAUAUUACAACGAGCAUACUUCGGCCGUACGUACGCGAAGGAUGGCCGACCUAUAAGGCAAAUGUGAAAAUGGAAGUGCGAAGAUUCUUUGAGCAUAGAGGAGACUUGUCUGAACUAAAGGACAUUUUAGUGUAUGGAACAAGAGCAUACAUUCCAGCAGGACCACUGAGGAAGAAAAUGCUAGACCGACUACAUACAGGGCAUCUGGGCAUAAUCCGAUGUACAGAUCGGGCAAAAGAAGUUAUUUGGUGGCUGGGCAUUAGUGUCGACAUCAAGAACCUAGUGUCCCAAUGCGAAAAAUGUAUAGAAAACAGGCCGCAAAUAGUGGAACCGCUAAUGCCAACACAGAUGUCGGAACGUCCAUGGCAAAUCAUGGGAACAGACCUGUUCCAACACAAAAGCAAAAACUACGUUAUCUUUGUAGAUUAUUUUUUCAGGUACUUCGAGAUAGCAGAGUUGCGAGACACGUCAGCGGCAACAGUCAAAACGGUGGCGAAAAAGAUUUUUGCAAGAUAUGGAGUACCAGAAAUUGUCAGAGCGAACAAUGGACCCCAAUAUCGUGAAGAGUUCAAGCAAUUUGCAAAGGACUGGCACUUCAAGGUGGUAACAAGUAGUCCGUACCAUUCACGCAGCAACGGACAAGUUGAAGCAGCGGUAAAGAUUGCCAAAUCGUUGCUGACGAAAGAAGAAGAUGUGGACCGAGGAUUGUUAGUAUACAGAGCAACAUCUUUGGAGACGGGUUUUAGUCCAGCGGAGUUGUUAAUGGGACGAAGAAUACGUUCUAAUAUCCCGGUAGCGGAGGAUAAAUUGCAACCUAUUUGGCCUUACUUAAAGGAGCACAAAAGACAAAUAGAUGAAAAGCGCGUCAAGGGUAAACAAGUGUUCGAUAAAAGACAUCGAGCACAGAAAUUAGCCGAGCUUCAGCCGGGGCAGUCAGUAUGGGUCACGGAUCGGAAGGAGCGCGGCAAGAUAAUAAACCGUCGCAAGGAACCGAGAUCGUACGACGUCAAAGUGGCGGCCGGGGUCAUCCGCAGGAACAGAGCGUUCCUGGUGCCAAUACAGAAAGAAGAAGAAGACACUACGGAUUACGAACAGUUUGUUAGGGAGCCAGUACAGCCACGUACAGCCAGUUCACCGACUAGAGUGCAAUCGGCAGCACCGAGAAGAGUACCAGGAGGAUCGUCUUCUGAUAGUUUAGCUGUAGCAUCGCGAGCACAGGCGCACGGUCAAGCGCAGGGUCCGGUUGAGGCACAGGUGCCACGUAGAUCGGGUAGAGUUAGAAAGUUGCCAGAUAGAUAUGACCCAUUCAAGUAUACAUGCCAGAUAGAUAUGACUCAUUCAAAUAUACAAAAAUUUUAA